CUAAAUACUGUGAAGAACAAGCGACCGAGUCUUGAAGAUCUCAUCUGGAAGGGCUCUCUUUUGCCAAACAAAUACAAAUUUGCUGUCAGAAUUGACAUCAGGUCAGAACUACAACAUCUUGAUGAGAGCUGGACCAAAGCAAACAACAUUUUGAGCGACCGAGUAAAUCACGUGACAAAACUCUAUACUCAUUGGGAAGCCUGUUGCUCUGAGCUAGAUUCCGUAGAGUUAUGGGUUGACGGCGUUUGUGUCAUUCUUGAUAAUGAACAAAAAACCAAGCUUAGAGAUGGAGAAAAAUUACAAAUAUUUUUGGUGAAAUUUCAGACAAUUUUAGAUGACUUGCCAGGCAAAGAGACAAUUCUGCAAUCGAUAUCCGAUAAAGUUGUUGAGCUUGAGGACAAUGGAAAUUUGAUAAAUAUUGCUGUUGAAAAGGAAAAAUGUGAAGGAAUUCAGGCUCAAUUCGAGGCCAUUGCCUCCACCAUUCGAAACAGAAAGGUUGUGAUUGGAAACGAUGUAGAAAAGUGGAAAGAGUACAUCAAAAGGCUUGAAAAAAUGUCUGAUUGGGUUCAGUCACGAAAGGAUCUUAUGAAUUCGGAAAAGCCGAAGGACAAGCAGUUAAUCGAAAGACAAAAACAGCAGUUGGAGGGUUUGCAGCAUGACCUAGCAACGAGGCGGAAAGAGUUUGAAAAUCUAGUGAGCGAAGGCUGGAGCUCAUUUGCAUCAUCGUCAGAAAGUGAUGGAAGCAGUGACCUAGCGGACCGAUUAAAAAGCAUGACUGGAACAUGGGAUGAGAUGUCACGAUGGGCGGCUGGUCGGUAUCAGCUGCUGGUUUUGUCAACUCAUUACCAGGACUCUUCAGAACAGCUUGCUGAAUAUAUCAACAAGAUCGAGAGGAAAAUAUCGCUAUCGUCCGAAGAUAUCCCGGAAUGCAUUGUGGAAAAGAUCAGGGCUCAGUCUGCCAAGGCCAGGGAGAUGAUCGAGAGCUGGCACGAAGAGUGUCAAGAGCUUGAUGUAACGUUUAAAGAUGGCAGACUGGUACUGUCGCAAAGUUCCGAAAUGCCAGAAACAUCUUUCGAAGAGCAAUUGGGUGGCCUAAAUAGGAAAUGGUCAGAGAUGGUAGUUGGUGUGGAAAAUCGGAAGAAGAAAGCGGAGAUGAUAGCGAAAAAUUGGUGGGAGUUUUCAAAAUCGAAGCUUAGGAUGUUGAAAUGGAUGGAGAAGAAAGAAAUGGACUUGAAUCAGGAGGACAUUGGAGGAGGCGGGUUAGAAAAUGCUGUUGAUAUGGAAAGGAAGUUAACUGAUAUGGUCGAGAGAAUAAACUCGCGUAAAACCGACAUCAAUAAUUUAUUGAGUAAAGCAAGAGAACUGGCAGGAGAAGAUGCAAGUUUGCUUGAAGACGUAAAUGAACGCUUUAGCAAUUUGCAAUCGUUAGCGUCGAAGAAGCGUGAACAAUUUGAAAAGCUGAUCAAUAGAUGGAGACGAAUGACCGAGCAACGAAAGAAAAUGAUUGGGGUCUUAAAGACAACUCAAUUUGUUGCCAGCAGGAGGCCAAUCAAAACUUCAAAAGAUGCAAGAGGAGAAUUAAGUGAACUGGAGAUUGCAUCCUUGGAUAUCCAAGCCAUCAAAGGGUACAACCAGGAUGAAGAUUUCAACGAAGAAUCUUUAGUUAAUGAUUUUGAGAAUGUGGUAGGUUUUGAUAUUGUCGCCGAAGCUAAAGAAUUCGCAAAUAUCCAAAAGAAGGUGCAGGAAGUGAUCACCAGUGUCGAAGAAAAAGCUCAGGUUUUAGGACAUGUUGCGGAAAAGCUGGAAGCCAUAGAAAAGGAGAAAGAUAAUUUUGACGAGUGGGCAAAAAAUGUUAAGAGAAAAUUUGAAUGUGGAGAAAUCAUGGAUGACACUAUAAAGGGUCAAUUGGAUUCCAAGCUGAAGUCAAUUGAGUCUGUAGACAAGAAUGCUGCAAAACUGCUAACGGGAAGAUCUUUGUCUGUUGAAAUUGAUCCUGAGUUGGUAGAAGGAAUGAUAUCCCAGAUGCAUUCCGAGAUAGAGGAAAUAAAGGAGCUUGCUAGUUUCCAGGCCACUCAAGAAAAAGGCGACUCGAUUGCAGAGCCGUUACAGUCGCCCUUCUCACAUCUUAGCAGUUUGCUGACUGAUGUCAGAGCAACGCUUCCAGACCUGGCCUAUAAUGUGAAUGACACUCGAGAUGAUGCACAAAACAAAUUGAAUCUUCUUCAGGAAUCACUUUUAAAAGUUGAAGAGGAGGUUGACAAGCUUGAGCACGAUAGCAGAGAAGACGAGGAGAAGGAGGAGCUGGAGAGAAGAACUGCGCAGCAACUGCGGGAGGAGUUGGUCGUUCAGCGUAACCAAUUGCAAAAGUUUGUUUCGGCAGUGGAUAGUUUUGAGGACAGUGUUUGUGAAUGGAAUGAGUUUUUGCAGGAGGCGGAAAAAGAGCUCUCAAAUUGUCAGAAGGGUCCAAAAAGUGUUGAAGAACUGGAGGAAAACUACGAACGACUGCAGGGUCUUCUAGACGACAUGGAGAAAAACGAUCGAAUGAUUGGUGAUGUUUACGAUAAAGGAGAUGAGUUGCUGCAGAAAGCAUCUGGGGAUAUGAAGACUGAACUCGAGAGAAGGCUUGAAAAAAUCGAGCAUGAUUGGGCAGCGUUCUGCGAGACAGCCGCUGGGGCCAAAUCAAAGAUAGAAGAGGAUCUUGGCAAGUGGAAAGAUUUUGAAAAAGAGUGCAGGAAGUUGAUUUUGUUUUUCACUGAAUCAAAAAGCCAGCUAUGUAUGAAUGCAAAGUUCGACUUGCAAGGGACAAGCAUCGAAAAGAAAAAAAUAUUGGGUCUAAAGAAACAGCAAAGCCAGAAAGAGAGGCAAGUUAAAGUUAUUGAGAAUCAAGCUUUGCUGUUAAAAGAACACCAUUUUCAGGCCACCAGUAUCGUGGUCAUGAUGGAAAACGUGUUAGAGGCAAAGCGAAUGUUUGACGAUGCCGUCAAAAGACGCGAGAAAGUACUCAACACAGUCAUCAGCUUGAAUGACGAGCUUCAAAAAAAUAUGAAAUUCCUUGCAGAAUUGAUUCAAAAACUGGAGAACGAUUUAUCUGUUGACGGUCAAGCAAUUGAAUCGGGCCCUGAAGGACUGAAAAAAGCUGCUGACUUGGCCGAGGCCUUAAUGGAUGAGCAUCUGUCUUGCUCCUCUAAACUUUUAAGUGCAAAGCAACUGUUGGAAUUAAUCAGCCAGAGCCUUACCGAUGCUAGUAAGAAGAAAUUAAACGAAGAAGUCUCUUCCUUGGAAAAUAAUUGGCACAAACUUGGAGAAGAAAUCUCGUCAAAGGAACAUGAGAUGAAAAAGAUAUGUGGAGAGGCAAACACCAUCUUGGAUUUAGUAUCAGAAUGCAAUGGAAGGUUGGGCGAUUUGGAAUCCGGUUUAAAUAAAAUAAAUGUGAAUUAUUCUGAUGAUUUGCAGAACGUCGAACUCAUCCAAAAACAGUUAUCUGAUAUCAAAGAGGACUUGGAUUCUGUUGGCCACGCUCACGAUUUGAUACGUGAUGAAAUCGAUUCUGCAAAGCUUCCAAUAGUUGCUGUGAGAUUUUUAAAAGAGAAGCUCAACGAUUCUUUGAAACUUAGGGGACGACUGAUUUUAAAAUCAUCUCAAGCACAAACUGAGCUUGAAGAUAAGGCAGUAGAUGAUCAAACAGGCGUCGAGGCGCAUUUGAACGGCUGCCUGGAGUGGCUUAGAGAACUUAGUGGCAUUUUGAGCGAAGAUGGCAAAUUUUGUGACUCUGACAAGACAGUGGAGGAUCAAAAGAAGAGGCUUGCGGCAUUGAAGUCUGAGUUGAAAUUAAAAGAGGGCAUCAUGAUGAAGCUAUUUUCUGGCAAGUUCAAUGUCGACAACAAUGUGAAGGAGCUUCAAGGUAUUGUUGAAAAGGAAUUGACAACUCUGAAAAACGCAAUUAGCGAAAAGGAGGCAGAUCUCCAAAGCGUUGGUGAUAGGAAGAAUUCUUGUCACGAGGAAGUUAAAAAGUUAAUGAAAUGGCUCAAAGCAACGGUCAAUGAACUUCCGGACGUACAAAAAGAGUCAAUGGAGGACAGCCUCGCUUUCACUCUUAACAUUCUGAAGUCAGUGGAAGAAAAGAAACAUUGGCUUGCGUCAAUAAGUGAGAAGUGCAAAGAAAUUGGCAGGGAAUUGCCAAAAACCGAACAGAUUCUGCUGGAAGGGAAACUUUAUGAACUUGAAACGUUUUAUGAAGAGUUCGAAAGACAGACAGAACAGCUUCUGAGCGAAUUGGAGGAGAAAAAGAAUGAAAGAAAAAGAGUUGACGAGGACGUGGAUGAUUGCCUUGCGUGGGUCCAAAAGGCUGAAGUUGUAUUUAGCAGUGAUUUAACCUCAAUAACAGACGAGGAUGCUAUGAUGGAAGCAUUCGGAAAGCAUGAGGCCAUGUAUCGGGAAAUGGAUCAGCGCAAAGACCGAAUCGAGACUGUUCUAAGAUGCGGCAGUAGCAUGCUUGAUGUUUUUCCAUCGGCAGACAAAGGAAGCAUGAAAGAGAGGCUAGAUCAUUUGCUCAAGAAGUGGAGCAACCUAAGUGAGCGGGCUUCUUCCAAAGAGUCGAACUUUGACAACUUUGUAUCAGACCAGGAAUUCUUUUAUGAAAAUUUGGAGGGCUUCAUUGAAUGGAUGCAGAAGCUAGGCUGCAUGAUUUCCGAGGACAUAGACGAAGAAGCGGGAAAAUCUGUUUUAAAUAAUUGUUUACUUGAACAUAGGGAUCUUUGUGGGGACAUUAAAGGUCACAAAAAGAUGUACGAGAAAUUGAUCGAAAACGGUAACAAGAUUCUGGAAGGAUUACCGGUAGAGAGGAAAGCAUCAUUUGAUGGGCAUCUGCGCAGGCUAAAGUCAGGAUGGGAAAAUCUAGUCGAUGUUGCCAUUGAGAAAGAGCAGGACUUGGCAUUGCUUGCAGGUGAUGCGGAACAGUCUGCUUUGUCGAAGCAAGAUGGCGUGGCAAGAGACAAACAGCAGGAAAUUGAUAGUAUCCUUUCUGAACUGGGUGUUAUUGCCGAUGGACUAAAGAAGGUAAGAGUAGAUGUAGCUUGUAUGCCUUGUCAAGGCACGGUUUCUGAGCUGAUGCAGAAUCACUUGGCAAUGUGCCUGCAGUCGGAUGCAGAGAUGGAGAAGUUGGAUGCAUUGGUUGCCAAAGCUGCUAAGUUGCCACAAGGCAACGAGGAUCGAAUAAAAAUCGACUGCAGAGUAGAAGAACUACAAGAAGAAUGGCAAGCUCUUGUCGAAGGGCUACACAGGGAGCGAUCCGAUUUAGAGAAAGCUGUAGAAUUAGAGAGGACUGUUGAAGAAUUGUCAGAUCAAUUUGAGGCGAUGGAUGGCAAGGAAAACGAUGAAAAUGGAGAAUUAGGACUGGUUGAUCAAUUAGGCGGCAGUUUAGAAGAUCUUUCGAUCUUGAUUGACAAAAACAUGUCCCUACAAGAUAAGGUUUUGGGGUUGCCUGAAAAAAAAUAUGGCCAGGUUAAGAGAAAUUUGUUAUCCAAAGUCGAAGGUUUGAUAAAGAAAGCCGAAGUGAGAAAGCAAAAAGUUAAAGGAAAGAUCGAUUCAAUUUUUGAGAUCAACUCGCUUAAACAAGAAGCUGAAGGAAUUUUGUUUGAAGUGGCGAGUUUGAAUGAAACUGAGUUAGAAAAGGAUGCAAAUGCUAACGAGAAUGAGGAUAAAAUAAAAACAAUAUCUGGAUCAAUUGUGGCUCGUCAAAGUUUGUUGGAGAAAAGUAUAAGGUUGAAGUUGAAGCUUGAGGACAGCGGAGAACACGGUGCUGUUGCAGACUAUGUUAGACACUUUGAAGACAUAGAAAGUAAGCUUACAGCAGAAUUAGAAAAGGACGAGAGAAAACUGGUCGACAUGAAGACGUCAAAGCGACUUAGAGAUGACGUAUUUGAAGAUUUUGGUGAUUUAAAAAUUGAAGGGCGACUUAAAGAGUUGGGUGACAGUUUGCCUUUGUGUGGAGAUGUCUUACAAUUGCAAAGUGCAGUACAUAAGACAGAAGGAAUUAGAAACGAUUUAGAAGAGCUUAGAAGAAAGGCGGAGGAAAUUAGAAAUUGCUUUGAGCAAAAUGAUGAUGCUGAAUUGGAGGGGCUCCUGGAAACCAUCAGUCAAUUAGAGAAGCAUGCAGAAUUGAUAGCGAAAACUGCCAAAAAUGGUUCAACUAUAGUUGAAAAGUCGAGCACACUAGGAAUGAAAUUUGCAGCUUUGGAAAAUGAUUUGCUUUCAUUUGAAGCCUCUCAUAAUCUGAGGGAACGGAGUAUCUUGCUACGUAGCGUUGAAAAAGAAAUUCUUGACGAUGUUAAGGAACUAAGGAAAGAAGCAACUGAAAUGCAAGAUGACCGACUAAAAAUGUUCCCUCCGCUUGAUGAUUUCCAAAUGAAUUUGGUUGCAUCCAAAAUAAAGGUAGCAGAGGAAAUUGAAUCGGAGUUAUGCAGGAUUAAGACGUACUUAGAGAAGAAAAAAAGAAUGGAAUCAAUCGAAAAGGCCCUACUGUCUUUCCAGCAAGUUGCAACUGAUCCAAUGACGACCCUUGAGAAUGCAAGGGAAUCUGCUGUAAAGGCCCUAAGUGAAAUUGAGAAUCUGGAAACUGAAUUAGAUGUUAUAAGUAAAAGCGGUUUUGCAGAGGAGAAUGGAUCUGAGCAUGCAGCGGGACAUAAGGUUGAAAUAAAGAGAUUACUAUCAUUUUGCCAGGAUAAUAAGAGAAAGAUAAGUGGCAAAAUACAGUUGGUUGAAGAAGCCACCCAAAGAAAGUUUGACCUAGAGAAUUUCCUUGAUGAGUGCGAAAGUUUGGCUGAUACUUCAAACGCUGGCGGUAAAUUUGCGACAAUGGAACAGCUGUUAAAACGUAUAGAACAGAUUAAAGUGGAGAGCGAAGCUUCUGUGAAAAAAUUAGAGCAAAUGGACAAGGAUUUGUCAGAAAGAUUUUGUCAGCUAGGAAAAACAGAUGAAAAUAUAGCGGGAAAAACGACGAGGGUAAUUGAGGCACUACAGAAGAAAACAUUGUUUUAUGCUACCACAGAGAAACUAGCACAUGACUAUAUCGACUUGGCAAAUGUAAUAAAAAGGGAUCUUGAGAAUCUCCACGUACCGGGGCUCGAUGAAUCUUAUAAAAUUGAAGAUGCUGAAGUGAAAGCUGAAGAUUACAAAACAAAGAUAGAAGAUGUUAGAAAAAAGAUAGUGGCUUUAAGCGAACUCGCUAAUGUGAUUUACGAACAAUUAGAAGGAACGGAAAUAGAUAUUCAGAAAGAGAUGGAUGAGCUUCAGAGGGAAGUUGAAUUGAAAGAAGAUCUAGCAGUGUCCUUUAACCUGGACCUUGCAAAUGCUAAGAAGAAUGUUUGUCGUAACAACGUUGGCUGUGAAGAAUUAUUUGAUUGUUUUAAGGAUGCAAACGAGGCCUUUGAAAGAGGGUUGACAAAUACAAAAUCACAUGUAGCCUUGUCGCAGCACAUUAACGGUUUUAUUUCAGAUAUUGAUUCUCUUGAUGCAAAAGUUGUUUGUUUAUCAAAUGACUUGGCAAACUCAAGUACACAAAUGCCCGCUUAUGAAAAAGAACUACAAGGUGAGAAGAUCAGCCAUUUAAAGGCGAAGGUAAACGCAGCCAGAAGUCGAGUUUCUAACCUACAGAAAGAUAUUUCGAUCAUAAACGAUAAAAUUGCAGAUAAUGAAAGCUCUAUGGUAUAUAUCGAGAAAUGGAUGGAUAACGUGGCCUCAAUUUUACGAGAAGAAAACAUGAAAGAUGUUGGUAAGGAGCUCGGUGAACUUGAGAAGGUUGAAAAUGAGUUUGAUGCGACCGCAGAAAAAGUUCAGAGGAUCUGUGAAAACGUCCUGAAAUCAAAAAUCACUUUAAAGCUCAAACCUGUCAACAAACACAACAUGAGGAUUGAGUCGAUUUGUGAUCGAAUGAGCGAAAUUCGAAAAAGAAUUGAUGACAGGAAAUUGGCCUUAUCUGAGUUUUUCGAAAAGGUUGUGAGCCAUGAUCGUUUUUGUGCAGACAAGAUUAAAGAAAUCGAAAAUCGGAUAAUGUCAUUGAUUGGUGGGGAAGAGGAAUCUGUUCAUUUGAAUUUGCAAUCUGAAAAGGAUUUAGAAAAGGUGAAGGAAGUGAUUGAGUCUUUAGAGAGUAUAGAAAAAGCGAUUGAGGAAGCUGACGAGUUCAUUGCUUGCUCGAACUUGCCAGUCGAUAACAAGCACAAAGAUGAGCUAGCCAUGGCUGCAAUAAAUCUGAAAAGGUAUAAAGAAAUUGCUGCUGAAAGACUGCAUUACUUGGAGACAUUAGCAACUAACCGUGUCCGCAUCAGAAGUGCACUAGAAAGAGCAAGGGAGUUUGUGGAAGUGAAAGCACGUCAGUUGGACACAAGCAGCCAGUUGAGCUUGGAAAGGCAGCUGAGUGAAGUGAACAAAUGCUGCCUUGAGAUCGAAAAUGAGGAAAGAGAACUGUUUUCGCCUAUUCAUAGAGCAAGAGAAGCCAUCACGGAGCUAGAUUCUGGUGAUGGAGAAAGCUUUGAGGACGAGUUGCUGGAAAUGACAGAUCUAUGGGAUGCAUUUGAAGACAAAACAAAAGAAAUGCAAAGAAAAUUGGCGGCUGGCUACGAGGAGAAGCGUAACCUUCUAGAUCAACUGACGUCGCUCAAAAAGAUGUUAAAAAAUGUUCAGCUUGGUAUAAGAAAUUUCAAAGUAGGUGAUUUUGUGUCACUGAUUGAAGGCGAGGAGGAAAUAAGUCAUCUUGUAGAUGGAUUCCAAAAAAGGCAAGAGAAAAUUCGCAAAGUGCUAGACAGAGCUACUGAAUUUGUUGCAGCUGGAGUAGAGGGAGAUGUGAGUGAGACACCGCAAAUCCAGGAAGAGGCUAAAAGUCUUAAUAACCAGAUACGAUUUGAAUUGCAGGAGAAGGAGCAUGCAGUGGAGCAACUGAAAAGGAGGUUUUCCACUGUAAACAAAGUAUCUGAAGAGAAGUGCGUUUUUAUGCAUGCAUUGUGUGAUCGCCUGAGGGAUGUAGAGAUAACUGAGUUUAAUCUGAGUAAUGUGGUAAAAGACUUAGAUAAGAUAGAUUCAACUGUUGGAGAGGUUGACAAGGAAGUGAAAGCCCUCUGUGAAAAUUUAUCGUCUCUGAAGACGGAACUACCCGAAGUAGAAUCAGAAAAGUGUAGCGCCUUGAAAAUGGAGCUGGAAGAAGGUUUGCAUGUACUUCAGUCACUUGCAACUGACACACACGACAGGUACACUGAUAUUGAACAAGAAGCAGCUGCAAAAGUGACAAAAAUGACGACCAUUUGUCAGCAACUGACAGAGUUGCAGAAAACACUUUCAGAAGAUAAAAGUUGCAUUGAUCUUGAUAUGAUGAACAGAACAUUGUCUGAUCACGAGAGAACUUUCGCCAGCAUCAUUGAACAAACAGAGUCACUGCCCAAGCUUAGUGACAGUAUUUCUUCCGAUGGUUGCAUCGACAAUCGGGAUGACGUCAGCCGAAUGUUGCAGGAAGUUUCCAAAAUGAAAGAAUUAGUGUCUUCAGGAAUUUCGAAUAAAAGGCGAGAGUUGCGAAAUGCUAAUGAACGCAAAGUGAAGUUUGAAAAUGAGCUCGGCAAGGCGUUAAGUGACCUUGAAGAGAUCGAAGAUUCAACUUUGUCGCCAGUUGGCGAAAUAAAGUUACAAUCGAGGUUAGAGUAUUUGGGAAAAAUGUUGAAUAAACUUGACGAUAGUGAUAGUCGUCUUGCAAACGAGAUGGAAAAUGGAGGCCUGUUUUCUUUGCUGCCUGUUACGAAUGUUGAAGAAAACAGAGGGCGAAUGGCUAUGUUCCAGGAACGCUCCCAAGCUUGCAGGCAGGAAAUCGAGUCACAGAUGAAAUUCAUCACUGAAAAGUUGAAGACCAAGCAUAACACUGAACUGGAACUCCGUCGCUGUGCUGAUGCCAUUGAAGAGCUUGAGAAGUUGGAUCCAGCAGAGCAGAAUGAAACAGAGUUGAAUCUACUAAGUGAAAAUCUUGAAGAAGUUACAAAUAAUAUUUGUUGUUUAGGCAGUCUUUUAGAAGCAGCUGAAAGAGAGCGGCUUGAGUCGCAGAUGGUUGCUGCCAAAAAUAGAGUUUCCAAAUUUGUCGCAUGUUUGCAUGGUGAUCUUAGCAAAAUACCUGAAAAGGAAGAAUCCAAAUGCAUGGAGCAAAGGGAUGCGGCCUCUUUUGUCUCAGUAGAAGAUGAAAUCAAACCCAAUGCAAUCGCAUUUGUUGAAAGCUAUGUGAAUGUUAAUGACAGCGACAGUGAUUUCUGCGACCUCGAGGCUGUUCCUAUCCAUAAUUCUGGGCCGGAUACCAUUGAUUUGAAAGAUGACGACAAAGGAAAAGCGUGCGUUUUAGAUGAUUAUAGGAAGCGUGUGGAAAGCCAUGCGAUGCAGGUUGAGAAAUUGAGGGCAAUGUAUGACGGUCCUUCAAGCAAUAUUGGUCUCGAAGAUAGCAUUUCCAAUGUCUCAGAUUCUAUCGAGUCAAUUUCGUUGGUUCUAGAAGACAUUCCCCGUCUGUACAUGGAGUUAGAUGAGUUUGGAAGCAAAGUUUCUGUUGAUCAGGUUUCAGCACUAGGUGAAUCUGUGAGGUCUCUCGAGCAGGCUUGCAACGCGACGAUGGGAAGCUUUAUUGUUAAACGUGAUGACGCAAGCGAAUUGCUUGCGAGAAUCAACAAAUACCAGAGUGAGAUGGAAGAGUUUAGUGAAAAGCUGCAGCAAAUCACAGAAAUAGCAAAACAUUGCAUCAGUGCAGAUGGCGAUAUCAGUUUUAGCCAGCAAUCAAUCGACGAAGCCCGCGAGAUUAUUGGUAAGGCAGAGAGCGUCUUAAGGGGAACGGAGCGCAAUUUACUAGAAAAAGCUCCACUGGAGGUCAGUGACAUGUUGCGCCGAAAGGAAACUAUAUUUAGCGAGAAAAUUGGAUUUGCAAAACUAUCUGUAGAGCAACUAGAAGCCGGUAUUGAAAUGCACAACAAGCUGUUGGAGUUUCGCAAUAUGCAGAUUAUGAUAGAUAAAUAUAGAAGGGAUCUAGAUGAUAUGAAAGAACACGGCAUGACAGCUGAGAAAGCGAAGGAGAUUCAAGAUAUCAUUAACACGGUGUCACACUAUGAAGAAAAAGCGGAGACUUUGAAGGGUUGUUGCGAAAACGUUUUGUUAUUGUGUAAGGAAGAUGGUUUGAAAGAUACUGUUGCAACUGUCUUCAAAACAUUAAAAAAAUCAAGUGAAAGUUUGAAAGCUGAGGCAGAAACCACCCGAAAGUCUAUCGAGUUAUUUUUAGAUCUUGCGAAAAAAGUAAAAGAUCUGAAUGUUUUUGUAGAAUAUGCAGACCAGCGCAGUGACAGUAUUCUAAUGGAAAGUGACAUAGGGACGGUUAUUAAACUCAUUAGCGAUUCCAUUCAGGAAAUAAGCAAUGUCUCCGAAAGCCUUCCACGGAUUUAUAAAGACCUGGCGGAUGUGUCAAGUGAUUUGAGGCCAGAGCAAAUUGAUGCUCUGAAGAACAAUGUUGAUGCUGUGGCAGCCACUUGCUUGAAGACACGGCAGAAACUCGCGGCUAAAGCGGAAAAGGUGGAGCAAAUCGAGACAGCGAGGGAGCAUCUGCGCAAUGAAAUUGAAGAUGUGCGGGAGGAGCUUGGCUCGUUUGAUGGGAAACUCAAUGAUUUGAUAGAAGUAGAGGAUUUGAAUGAUAUUCACGAUUUCUUGAGUGUACAGGAAAUGAAAUUUCGAGAAAUGCAGGAAAAUGUAAAUCGAGCCACAGACUCUUUAGCUCAAUGUCUAGAAGGAUCCAUUGGAAGUGACGAAGUAACAAUGGCUGAACGGGAAGCUGAAAGUCUGAGGGCAAAUGUUGCUGAACGUGCCAGUGAAGUAGUUAGGUUGAGAAAUUUUGUCAAUCAAGCUAUUGACACCGUGAACAAAGUUGAAGGGCGGUUUCCAGUUAUUCCUGAACAAGAUCUAGAAAACCUCAAGCACGCCAUUGAACAAAAUGAAACAGAUUCAAAAGAUGAAAUUGAAAACCGAACUGUUUUGCUAAGAAAAGAUUUUAAUGAAUUGUCGGAGCGCUUUCAUGAAUACGAGAACAUGGAUGAAAUACCCGAAUAUUUGAAUAUGGAAAAUAUGUCUACUGAAAGCCCUGGCUCUUUGAGAAACCCCUUCAAAAAUAUAUCUGAAAAAUGCAGGAAUCAGGUUUUGAAGGCAAAAGAAAAGCAAAAAAAGAUUUUACAGUCACGCUUGGUUGUGCUGGAAGUAACAGAAAAUGCCUUUGAAGAUGAAGGGACCCUGGAAAAUGUGGUUUUAUCUUGUUCAGAAACAGAUUUGCAUAAAAACCUGAGCUCAAGGGUGGAAGAAUUUGACCGGCAAAAGCAGAUCAUUGGAGAAAUUAAAAAGAGGUCAGCUGAUUCCGUUCAGAGACUGGAUGCACUUUCAAAUUCAAAUCCGGAGAUACAUGUUUUGAGGGAAAGGUGUUUAGCUGUUAAUUGUAAAUGCAAUGAGAUAGAGAAAAACCUGCACGAAGAAAGCAAAAGAGCAAUCUCGUUGAAAGAAAUGGUUAAAAAACGAUUGGAAAGCCUAGAUGUUAUCGUGAAUGAAAUCGAAGCAGUUAAAAUUGCUGAAUGUAGUGUUGAUCUCUUGAGUGCUGAAAAUUUAAAAACGAGUCUUUUGAAAUGCAAAGAGAGGUUAACGGGUAUGGAAAACAUCAAAUCGAAGCUACAAGAUGUUACUACACAAUGUCAAGAAAUGUGUAAGCAACUUUCUGAAGAGGAAAGGGAUCAAAUUGCCAAGAGGCUUGAAGAAGCAUUAGGUAGUGCCUGUCAAUUGGAAUUCAAUGCUAGGAAAGAAGUAAGCGAAGGGGAAACACUCGAAAAAGCCUUUGUAUUGAUUGAAGAACUGGGAAUUUUAGAGAAAGGGAUUGUGAAUGCGUGUAAAGAUUUGAGAGAAAAUAGGGUGCAGAUUAAACCCGAAAUUUUGCAAUCUUUCGAGAAAACACUUUUAGAAAAAGGUGUGGAAAUUGGGAACGUUUUAGAAAAAGUGGCAGAUGAUUGUAACAAUGGUUGCAAUGAUGUAAUCACAAGACUUGCUAAAGAAAAAGUUAGAGUUCAUGAUGUUAUGGAAGAAAUGAAAGAACUCAAUAAUCAGAUAAAAGAAGGUGACAAAAAACUUAAGGAGUUGAAAGAAAGUGUCUGCAGUUUGACUGAAGUUAAAGUCGAUUUACCUUUAACAGAACUUGACUUGAAUGAACGUUUUCAAGAGCUAAAAAGAGUCACUGAGGAGAAGAAAAAUCGAAAAAGUAAGGCCGAAGUAUUUAGAAAUGAGUUGGAAGAAAUGCAAGAGAAAGUUCCAGUCGAAGUUUAUGCAGAUUUGAAUAAGGAAUUGUUAGAAAUUGAGCAGGAUUGUAAAGAAGAAGUCGACAGCUAUCUGGCAAAGGUAGAACUUUGUCAAGCUGAUGUGAGCUGCCUUGAAAGUUUCAGGGACCAAAUUGAUUCGUUAAGAUCAAAGCUGCCAGAUUUUGUAUCGAAACUGCCGGUGACUUAUUCACAGGAACGGUUGAAAGAUAUUUUGAAUGGAAUCACUGACGAUGAAAACUCAUUGGCGAAAUUCGAUGAACUGUUAGAAGAAAGUUUUAGUUCCAAUAUUGUCGAUAUAUUGGAUCAUUUGUCAGAAAGGGAAAAGAAUGAGGUUUUAAAGAUGAAGGACAGCUUGAAAAAUGAUAUAAACGAAGUCAGGACGGAUAUUGUUUUAUAUGCAAAGGAACAAUUUGCAUCUAGAGCUGAACUUUUCAAAGAACUUGAAGAAUUGCAGGAUUAUGUACAAGAGAUAUUUGCAGAGGUCGAGUCAUUCAUAUUUUCUGGGAAUCAAGAUAAGAUUAUAUCCAUAACAGAAGAAUUCAAAUCAAAGGAAAAUGGUUUGCGAGAAAGUUUGAAGAGAAUUAGGGAGCAACUCAAGAAUGAUCAGUCUUUGAACCCUGAAGAGAAAAGUGACACAUUACAGUCUAUUGCAUCAAGUGAAGGGAAGAUAGAUGGCGUGUUAGAAAAAUCAAGAGCGAUUUCGAAUUGCAUAGAAGUAGUAAAGGAAAUUAGAGAUUUUGGAGAUGAACGGUACAGUCUUGCCGAAGCAAAGGAUCUGCUGGAAUUAUCCUUUGAAGAGAAAGAAGCUGUUCUUCAGGAUGCUGCUGAGAAAAUUUGCAUCCAGAAGUCAGUUAGUGUUGAACUUGAGGCAAAGUUUGAAAACUGCAGAAAGCUAAUAGAUAAAUCUAUAGCUAAAGAAUUGGACGAAAAACUGAGCUCUGUGAUAACAGUUUUGAAAAGUAAAGAAGAUUUGAUAUUGUCACAGCUAUCCCAAAAUCAAGAAACGAGAAACUUUUCUGAGGACUGCCAUCAUAGCUUAAAACAAGUUUUGGAAAAUACUGAAGGAGUUAAUCUUCCUGAAAUGGGAAGAGAAGUUUUACCAGAUGACAUUAAAAAGGCUUGUGAAACGCGAGUCCUGUUGAAGGACUUAGAAGGUGACGUGGAAGCAAUUUAUAAAAACAUCUUUGUCCUUAAAGGGAACCUAAAUACAAAAGAAUGGGAGGAACUUAAUGCUUCAUGUAACGUUGUACGGGAAAGGAUAAAGGAACUGGACUCUGAAAAUGAAAGGUGUUUGUCAAUUUUUAAUGAAAAAAUGACAAUUAAAAAUACCAUGGUGGAAAUCGCAGAUGAAAUUGAAGCUGUCGGGUCGAUGAUUGAAUCAUUCGAUUCAAAGUCUGAAAAUGCUUCAGAAGCUCUUUUAGCGGCGAAAGAAAGAAUCGAGGAAGCCUUUGAAUGUUUGAAGGAUUUGUCUGCCGGUGUGAAGAAAAAGGAGUACGAUGGGGAGUUUUUGGGAAAUACGUUCAAAGAUUUAGAUUUGCUGGAGGAAAGAAUAAACAACGUCCAAUGUUCUGCUGAAGAGCAAAUCAGUAAAUGCAACCAAUACAAGGAUGUUUUUGAUUCUAUUAAGGAAAGACUCAAAGUAAUUGAUAACAAAUUUGCUGAUAUCUGUGAAACUGGACAGGAGAGUACUUCGUUGGAUGAACUAUUGUCUGAAAAGAAAAGUAACAGCGAGGGUAUUAAAAGACUGCUUGAUAAUGUUAUAGAUCUACAGACUGAGCUGAGAUCAGUCGAGGACAACGUACCUGACAGCGCUGUGCUCAAAGUAAGAUCUUCUAUAGAAGCGCUGAAGACGAGUCUAGAGGGAAAGUGGAGGUCCUUGGAUAAGGAGGCUAAUGAGAUAACAGAAAAUCAGAAGAAAGCGAAAAUUGAGAGACAGUUGUAUGACGUCAGAGCCAAUCUACAAAGUAUUAAGCAGCCGGAGACUAAUGGUUUGGAUGAGAGACAGCUGGAAUGUGGAUUGAAUGCAUUGUUAGGAAACAUUGACAAGAUUGAAGGAUUGGAGGAAAAACUUAAAUCCAUGGUCGAGAAAGAAGUUAGCAGUAUUGAAAGUCAAGUCAUCAACUCAAGGGUCAACGAAAUAGCAAAUGACUUAAGUGAAGCUAAGCAAGAAAAUACAACCAAAGCACGCGCUAUAGAACGCAAAAUGGAAAUAAUUGCGGCUAUUGAAGAUAGAAAAAGUAGACUAGCUCGGCUUGAGAAUGGACUUCAGGGCUUUGAAUUUUGCGAUUGGGACAACACUGAUGAUUUACAAGCGUACAAACAGAAUAUUGCGCAGGAGAUAGAGAGUGUCUACGAGCUUCAUUCGAGAAUUGAUGAAUUCGCUGAUACCGACAACGAUGCACAAAGUUUAAAGCAAAAUUUAGAGCAUAUUUCAACCCGUCUACACACUCUAGAAAAUGCACUGUAUUUAAUCGAGCAGGGAAAAUCUGUCUAUAACAAUCUUCAAAAUAUUCAAAAAGAGGAAAUACCAAGCUUUUCGCAAUUUGACGAGACAUUGCAGGAAGCUACUGACCCUACUAAUGAUAUGUCAAUUGCCGAUCUUGUUAAUGAUGGGAAGCGUAAAACCGAUAUUGUCAACACAAAUUUGGAAGUAUGCAAUCAGUUAGAAAGUGCAAUUAAACAGAUCCAAGAGCUGCCUUCAAACAUCGAGCUUCUGAACACCAUAAAAUCCCUGAAAGAGAUCAAAGAAAAGUGUGUUAAUGAAAGAGAACUGCUUUUAGCUCAACUGGACAAAUGCGAAGUUGCGCAAGAAAUUGCUAUGAAGGCCAAGCAUUCUAUCGAAGCGAUUCAAAGUGGCUUGGUCGGUUUCGCUGUGCAUGUACCUAAUUUAUAUGAAGUUGAGGAAAUCCCAAGCAUACUCGAAGACUUUGAGCAGAAGAGACUCACCUUAAUUGAAAUGAAAAAGGAUUUACAGGAAGCAAAGGGGAUGAUAUCGAAAUCACCUCUCGCGGAUCUACUGACAAAGACUUUUGCUUCAGGCAUCGAAGAGUUGGAGAAUAAAGUCGCAACGACAGAGCAGGAUUUAGAUCGUUCAAGUUAUCUAGUUUCAGAACGCCAAGAUAUUUCUAAAAGCCUGCAACAGGUGGCUGCUCGUGUUAGUGAGUUAUCAGAUGAGGCGCUGGAGAGAUCAUUCUGGACGUCUUGCAUCAAGGACGAGGAAAAAGCACGACAAAAAAUGGAAGAGCUGACCUCGCUUCUCGGUUGCUAUGGGGACCUGGAGAAGAGAUUAGAGACAUAUAGCGAUGAUGGGGAAACACAUUUGACUGCGGAUGACAUGAAAAAAUUUAAAUCUGUUAAGGAGAAGAUGUUGUCAUUGGAAAACGAUAUGAAAGAAAAGCAAUCUCAGGUAGCUGGCAUAAGGGAAACAUGCAGAAGAAUUGGCAAUGCAACUAUGGCAAACAUAAACAAAAUUGCAGAAGUUCGAGCUAUUUCGUCAUCCCACUGCGAAUGCCCAACCUUUGAAGAGAAGAUCAAAUCUCUGCAAUCACAACUAAAAGAAGCGGAAGUUAUUGCAAGAACCGCGAAAGAAGAUCUCUCCACGAUAAAAGAGCUUGAUGGUGAUGGCUGGUCACAGAUUUCUAAAGAGAACAGUCACAUGCUGAUGGAACUUGUGUCAUUAUCUGAGAGGACACAGGCGGAAGUUUUGAAUGAAUUGGAAAAUCAGAGGCGUUAUCAAAGUGACGUAUCAAAUGUGGAGCGAGACCUGGACGAAAUAGAGAGAGAAAUCUGCGAUAAAAACAGCUUGAAAGUGGCGGAUGAGGGCAAAGAUCCUGAAGAAGCGAUACAAGGUGCGCAAAAAUGUAUUGCACGUUUACAAGUCGCUAAAAGCCAACUGGAGGAGAAGCGGGUGAAACUUGGCAAAGCUAGAGAGAAUCUGCCGCCUGAAGAAGCAAAAAGGAUUGAGGAAAGAAUCAGUAAGGUAGAAAAUGAAAUCAAUUCCAGGCAGAAAAAUUUGAGCGAAAUAGGUAAGGCGCAUGAAGAAUAUCUGAAAUGUAAAGUAGCAACAGAAAAUAUAGAUGAUGAACUCAAUGAUCUGGAGGGACAAAUAGUUAGCCACGGGGAAUUGCCUAUCGCAAUUCGAUUUGAUGCUUUGGAACAACUGUCUAAACAGAUAAAGCAACUUGUAGUGGGGUUGGAUACUAUCCUAGCUGAUCGAAGUGGAGAAGAUAUAUCAGUCAAGGUUGAGGGGAAGAAAGAUGUAUUACAAAAGGCUGCAAACUUGAAACGGCGGCUAGCAGAGCGGGCUGACGAAGUUAAUGCCAUGAAAAACGAAUGUAAGAGGUUUGGAAAAGCUUUUGCUGAGAUAAGCAACGAUCUUGAUGUAAUUGAGAAGGCCUUGGAAGAAGAGCCUGUCUUUUCGGUUGAAGAAGGAAACAAAUUGUUUGUUGAUAGUAUAUCUGACGCUGAGGGAAAGGUUGAAAACAUUGUUACUCUGGAGGAAAAGCUUGGAGAGAUUGGUGGAAGGCUGAAAAUCGUUGGGGAUGUGAUUUCCAAAGAAGAGCUGUAUGAUUGCAGGAAACGGAUUGAAAGUUAUAGAGAUCGUUGCAAAGAAUGCAAGCAAGAAGUGAAUGAAAGGAUUAAUGAACUGAAGGAGAGCCAAACGCUUCUAAGGAAUUUUCAUUUGUAUUUAGAAAAUUUGAUGCGCAAAGUCGCUGGCUACGUAAUGGUUGAAUGUGCUGGAUCUGAUGUCGAAUCACUGCAGAAAAAUUAUGAACUGAACGCAAAAAUGAUCGCUGAAUUGGAGCAGCUAGAAAAGGAACUUACGGAAAAAAGCAGCCAAUUAGAAUCCAAAGCUAAUUUUGCAAAGGAAAGAGAGAAUCUAGAAAAGCAUAAAAGUAUUGUUUUGAUUGAAUUGGCUGAAAAGAUCGACGAUUUGAAAUGUAGGGAAUCUUUACUGAACAAAAAGGUAUGUAGUCUUGAACGUUUACAAUCAAGCAAAAUCGACUUGAAUGAUGUCAGAAGAAUCCUUACGGAGGCUCCGCAACAUUUUGACUGCGAAAAUGUUCAAAUUAUGUUUGAAGACUGUGAUAGGAAAUUGACUGGUUGUAAGACUUCGGUAUCUGGUGUGGAGGGCAUUCUUGUCGACUUAGUAAAGAACAAGGUCGACGCGGAGGAGCUCUUAACGACAUGCAGGGAGAGCAUCGAGGAAAUAAAUGUAGUGGAAAGACAAGUUGGAGAAAUGAAGCAAAGAUAUGGGCUGGAGUUAGAAAAGAUGAAGGAAUUAGAAGAUGAAGUUAGUAAAGCAAAGUCUGCAAUUGACAAGAUUCAUCAAUUGGAAAGUGAAGAAACUUUGGAUCUAGGUCGUGGCAUUGAAAGUUUGUAUAAAGGGCAAAAAGAAGCAGAAACAUCACUCGAUUGUUUAUCCAAGGCAAUAGAACUAGCGGAAGAGAUUUCUUUUGCCUCUUUAGAUCAUGGUGCGAAAAGACUAACAAACAUUCUUGUCGAGAAGAAGGGAGAAUUGGAGACGUCGUUAGCAAAACUAGAACUAAGGGUUUUAAGUAGAAAGGAGAUGAAAGAGAAAUUGAGUGAUUACAAGCUUAAUUUCGUGGAAUUAGAAAGAUGCAUCGAAAAACUUGAAGUGCCCAUUGCUACAGAUGACCAUAUAGAUGGUCUUACCGGAUGUCACCAUCAAGCUGAGAGGGCAUUGAGAAUAACAGAAGAUCUUCUUAAAGACUGCGAGAAACUAGCAUUAAAACAAAGAGAGUUCCAAAAUGAAUUACCACCAGAAGAAAUUCAAGAGCUCGUUGCUCAGUUACAGGCUGUUGAAUUGAAAAUUUCCUUAAAGGGGGUAGAACUCCGCAAUUCUUGUUUAGCGUCGUUGCGAAAAGUAGAAUGUAUUCGUAACUUGGAAGUUUUACAUGAGAAAAUAAGCAAAUUACAAAGUGACAGGCCCGGUAUUGAAGACCUUAGUACUGGAACACUGCAGGUGAUUGUAGAAAAACAGCGAACUAUUGACAAAGUUAGAGCAGAAAUUGGUGAUUUGGAAGCAAGAAUGAGUAAGGAGGAUUGGAAGAUAGAUGCUGUUGGUGAAAGGUUGGCGGAGCUUAAACAGUGUCUCGACGUGAUAGCUACAGAGGAAAAUCAAGAUCUUGCAAACGUGUGUCAUGUGUUGAAAGGAAGUCUGAAGAAUAUAAAUGAAAACCUCCAGGAGCAUGAAAAAGAAAACCUAGAAAAAGAAGAAGACGACGAAGAGGAAUUAGAAAAUUUGAAGGGUCGUUGUUUAGCAGUAGCAGAGCUUAUAAGUGUCACCGCAAACUUGAAGGACAUGGCAUCAGCUCUGUCAGGAGUUCCUUUUAUGGUAGAAUUCAGCAACGAUUUGCUUGAAGAAGCGGAUCUAGUGAGCCAACGACUGACGGGGAUGCGCGAAGUUACCAAUGAAUCAUUUUCGAAUCUGUCCGAUGUGACCACCUUCAUUGCAAAUUAUGAAGAGGACCUGUCGAAAUUGUCGCAUGAGUUGGACGAGUUGAGAAAAGCGGACGAAGAAGAAGCAACUGUGGACAGCAUUGAAGAGAUAAAGAGAAAUCUGGAGGAAAAGGAGUUUGUUUUGCAGCGUAUUGAGGAGGCCUGCGAUAUGGUUUUUGAGGAGGAAGAAAACUUUUUGACAAGUUUAUCGGAAAAACGAAAGAUUGAGCUUUUAGACUUCAAAAGGGAAUUCUUGGAAGAAUUUGAGUUCUUUAAGGGAAAGGUCGAAAAUGAUUUAGAAAGAGUCAUGUCGCUGGAAAAUAUUUAUUUAGCUAUGGAAAGUAAUGUUGAAAAAUUGUCAAAAGAAGUUGAAUUGAUUUCGAUUGAAGUAUCAAAAGAAGAAGUUGAUGAUCCAGCAGAAAGAAUGGCAUUUUUGAAAGAGAAGCUUGCGAUGAUAGAAGGAAUUGAAGAAAGGAUGCAACACAUCAAGCAGAAAUAUCAAGAGUCAUUAUCAGUUUUGCCGGAAAUGGAAGUCAAUAAUCUCGAUGAAAUGCUUAAAUGUUUGGAUAAUGAUUUUGUUGAAACUGCGACCAAAGUAAAUGAAGAAGUAAAAUUGUUGAAGGAUUGCCAGAAAAUUAUCUUUGAAGGAGAGAAAAAGAUAGAACAGGUGCUUGAAGCAUUGCAAGAAGUUGAAGUUGUGAUUGAUGAAGAUGGUAAAGCCAGCCUCGAAACACAGCUAGAGCAGCAAAACUGGAUCAGAACGAGGCUUGAAGUUUGCGAAGAAGAUGUGAAUCGGAUUGGUGACAUAGACGAGAUAAAGAGCUCCUGCCCAUCGCUAAGAAGGUAUGCGCAGGAGCAAUUUGCUGGGCAGCGAGAAUUGGUUGGGAUUAAGAUCAUGUCUUUGAAAGAAGCUGCUGGAAAGAAAGCGGAAAAUCUAAGCAGCAAACAUAAUUCGAAACGUGACUGGCGUACAGAUGUUGAAAAAACAGAAGCUGAUUUACAGGAAAUUGAGAAUCUGAUUGAUGAGUUAAAGCUCGAAAGGAAACUUGAAGCUAAAUUGGAAGUACCAAGAGAGUUGAAGAAAAGAUUGGAAAAUGUUAAGAAUCAAAUUAGAGAAAGUCAAGAAAAACAUGGAGCAAGAUUGUCGGAUAAUGAACGGGAGGACAUCGAACUUGAUAUUCAAAGAUUACUGCAAAGAGUUGCAGACGCAGAAAUUUCAAUCGCCCAGCAUGAAAACACCUUGACAGAUCUUGGUGAGCGAAUUUCUGCAUUCGCUGCAAAGACUGAUUGUUUGAAAGAAGGUAUAAAAGAUCGAGUGGACAAUGUAAGAAAUAUCCCACAUGAAUCUUUGAGGAAUUCAAAACAAAACUUGGAUGAUUUAAAAGAUUCGCUCCAAAACGCAACCAAAGAAUAUGAGCUUCUGAAGGUUGACUUCAAUUCUUUGGAAGACCAAGUAGAGGUCAAAGCGGAGGUUGAUAGAAGCAUGCUCAGUCUUGAAAUGUGCAUCGUGGAAGGCGAGGAAGUAGUCGGUACAGAAAAAGCGAGGUUGGCAAAAACAGAGAAGGCUUUCAGAGAAUGGUGUGAAGCAAGUGGAUUAUUGAGCGAAAAUGUAGCCUCUGGAGGGGAUAUAAGGGUGAGUUCAUUUGAAAGGUUGACCGAUGCUGCAGUAUCAGUUGCCGAUGACCUUGCCGUUGUGCAGAAAAUGCAGGACAAGUAUAUGGGGCUGAAAGCACGCCUAGAUGAUGUAGCCAUCGAUUUGCCAUUGCUUGAAAAAGAAUCUGCCAAAGCAACGUUGCAUAGCAUCAGCGACAAGUUGGAAUCACGACAAAAACAGUCCAUUGUGAAGAAGCAAGUUCUGGAUGUCCUGCAAACAGAGCUGAAAGAUAUCGAAAAACAUUUAAUGGUGAAUUUAAAAUGGAUUGCGAUCGCAAAAAGGGCCGUCAAAAAUGAAAACAAAGGGGCAAAGUGCAUGGAAGACCUGGUGAACGAAAGAAAUGAUCUGGUGUCGCAAAUAAGCAGUUUGGACGACGAUGUGCAAAUUGCAGUUUCGUUUGGAAAUUCGCUGUGUGAAAGACUACCGAGACUAGAGAAAGAAAAACUUUCAAUUUUGUUGAACAAAAUAAGCGAAGAUUGGGACCGAGUAAAAAGUGAGUUGGUAGAGAAAAGAACGAAGUUGGACGAGUCAAUUACAGAAAGAGACGAAGUUUUAACUGUUUUAUCGAGCUGUCUUUUUAGGUUGGAAAACUUGGAGGAGAAGCGUCUUGAACUUGAGGAUUUAGACGAGAUAGUGAAGGACGAGUUUCUGUUGGAAAUCAGACGUGAAACUAAAGCUGUGAAUGAUGACAAGGAGGAAAUUUUGGAAAAAAGUAGGCUAAUUGCAAAAAGAGUAACCGAAGAGGAAAAGGAUUUUAUUCUAGGUGACCUUGAAAAGAUCGAAGAGAAAAUGCUAGCUGUGGACAAAUGGUUAAGUGAAGCCGAGGCCAACCGCAAGACUCGUUUUGAAAAGGAUCAGCAAGCAACGAUACUGUUUGAAAAUCUAGAUGUAAAAAUAAAGGAAUGUUUCCAAAUGCUUGAAGAAGUAGAAGCCGUGACAGAUCAAGAGAAAACUGCAAGAAGUAAGCUUAUGGUAGUAUAUAAACAUAGUCAGUUGUGCAUACAAAUGCUGGAAAACAUUGCACUGAAAAUUGAAGCUGAGCAACUACUUCACUUGAGAGGCAGAUGCAAACUGGAAGAAGCAACAUUAGGGCAAGUCACACAGAGGCUGGAUGAAGAUCUAAUAUGGGUUGAUGAGUUGGUUAAGAAAACACAGGAAAUAAAUGCUUCUCUUGUGGAACUUUCUACCAAAGUGGCUGUUGUUGAAGAAUGCAUCCUGUCCGAGCGUAUCGCGGGUGUAAAAGAAAAUUUGAAAACGCUAUUGGCUGAGUCGUAUGCUGCAAAAGAAACGAUCACAUCCUUGCAGACUUUUGAAAGGGACAAAAAGAGACUUAUAAUUCAACAUAGCAGAAUCGAAGAAAGAAUAUGCAAAGCAGAUGAGUCGUUAGAAGAGAUGGUCUUUAAGGAUCUCAAAGGUUAUCAACAAGCAUUGAAAAGUUUGGAGGAGAGGCUCGAGGAAUAUAAUGCCACAUUUAAAGAUCUGAGAAAUAGAGCAAGUCAACUUACUGACGGAAAUUUUCAGAUUUUUGAUAUUGUAGAAAGUUUACAAGCAAUGAUUGCUGAAGUAGCUAUUUUGCAAUCGAAUAUAUCGAGUGAAUGGCCUAAACUGCUUAGAAUAUCAAGCGAAGUUAACGCCCAUGCUGAAUCAAAGCAGAAUGUAAGCAAAAAGGUUCAAAUGGAAAAUGAUUUCUCCAAGUUACAAGAAUCUAUUUUUCAAUUCAAGGCAGAACUGGAGCUUAGAGUUGCCAAUUUGAAGGAGGCAUUUUCACGAGCAGAAACCUUUGAUAGCGACGUUAGCAGCAUCCGCAAGGAAAUUGAUACCAUAAAGAACAAGCUCGACAGCGCAGCAUCCACGUCCAGUUUCCAAGAUUGGCAGAACGACCUGAUCCUCGUUGGUAAGCAAUGUCUUGCACUGGAGAAGCGCUGCAUUUGUGUUUUAAUUUCUUUAAAGAAUUUACCAAGUGAAGCAUCGUCAAUUAUAGAAAAGAACCUUGAUACGUUUAAUGCGCUUCAUGACAGAGCAAAGGCGUUGCAUUUUGAGACUCAGGAGCAUAUUGAAUUUGUUGACGUUAUUUGUCGUUCGCUGAGUCUGGUGAAGGAAGAGGAAAGUGUUGAUGAUGCCAAAGUGAAGUUUGAGACAGCAUGGCAGAAUGCAAAACAUGCGGCAGAUACAAGCACAAUAGGGACAUUGCUGAAAGAGCUGACGGACAAGCAGAGUGAAUUCAGGAGAAGCAGGACACAGUUGUUAGAUGGAAUGGCUCGUAUCAGAGAUUGUCGUAUCAAUAUUUCUGCAGGAUGUCAAGAUAUGAUGGACGACGGCUUAAGGACAGUGGAAGCCUUAGUUGAUGAGCUAAAUAGGGAAAUUGCUGUUUUGUUGAAUAGCAUGAAAGCAAGUGAUAAAGAAUCCAGUGCGGCAAAUGCAGAUGAAUUUGUUGUGGAUGAAAGGGAGCAACAUUUUAUGAAUUGUGACGAUGAAAUUGACGGUGGUGCUAGUCAAAAGCAGCAUGCAUCGCUAUCCCAUUCAAUGUUGGCUGAAGAUUCAGCUACAGUUGACGAGAUUGUGUUUCCUGUUAAACUGGAGGAAGUAAAAGUUGAACCAAUCUUCUUAUACGACUGUUUCUCUGAUUUUCUGCCUGUUGAGCCACUUGAGCGUUCAAAUUCUGAGGACGAUUCUCAUUUAAGACAGAAUGCUAUGGCAGAGAAAAGCCAAUUUCCCAAUUCCAGUUUUGCCAACGCAUACGAAAACCAGUCAACACAAAGAAUGGAAAUAACACCUGUAGCUGGGCUGAAUCAAGUUAAAGCGGGAGAAAGGCUAGAUAUCGAUGAAGCACAAAGAAAAGACGAUGAUGAAGGAAAAUCAAAUGGAUUGACAGGUAGCAGAACGGUAUUUGUGGAAGGACCACUUUCGACGGAAGAUGAAGAAACGAAGAUGUUUGAAAAUGGGCAGGGCUAUGAUAAAGAAGGCAAUGAAAAGGAAGUCCCAGAUGAUUCGAAAAAAGACGAUGAUGAAGAAAAAUCAAAUGGAUUGACAGAUAGCAGAACGGUAUUUGUGGAAGGACCACUUUCGACGGAAGAUGAAGAAACGAAGAUGUUUGAAAAUGGGCAGGGCUAUGAUAAAGAAGGCAUUGAAAAGGAAGUCCCAGAUGAUGCGAAGAAAGACGAUGAUGAAGAAAAAUCAAAUGGAUUGACAGAUAGCAGAACGGUAUUUGUGGAAGGACCACUUUCGACGGAAGAUGAAGAAUCGAAGAUGUUUGAAAAUGGGCAGGGCUAUGAUAAAGAAGGCAAUGAAAAGGAAGUCCCAGAUGAUGCGAAAAAAGACGAUGAUGAAGAAAAAUCAAAUGGAUUGACAGAUAGCAGAACGGUAUUUGUGGAAGGACCACUUUCGACGGAAGAUGAAGAAACGAAGAUGUUUGAAAAUGGGCAGGGCUAUGAUAAAGAAAGCAAUGAAAAGGAAGUCCCAGAUGAUUCGAAAAAAGACGAUGAUGAAGAAAAAUCAAAUGGAUUGGCAGAUAGCAGAACGGUAUUUGUGGAAGGACCACUUUCGACGGAAGAUGAAGAAACGAAGAUGUUUGAAAAUGGGCAGGGCUAUGAUAAAGAAAGCAAUGAAAAGGAAGUCCCAGAUGAUUCGAAAAAAGACGAUGAUGAAGAAAAAACAAAUGGAUUGACAGAUAGCAGAACGGUAUUUGUGGAAGGACCACUUUCGACGGAAGAUGAAGAAACGAAGAUGUUUGAAAAUGGGCAGGGCUAUGAUAAAGAAAGCAAUGAAAAGGAAGUCCCAGAUGAUUCGAAAAAAGACGAUGAUGAAGAAAAAUCAAAUGGAUUGACAGAUAGCAGAACUGUAUUUGUGGAAGGACCACUUUCUACGGAAGAUGAAGAAACGAAGAUGUUUGAAAAAGGGCAGGGCUAUGAUAAAGAAAGCAAUGAAAAGGAAGUCCCAGAUGAUUCGAAAAAAGACGAUGAUGAAGAAAAAUCAAAUGGAUUGACAGAUAGCAGAACGGUAUUUGUGGAAGUACCACUUUCGACGGAAGAUGAAGAAACGAAGAUGUUUGGAAAUGGGCAGGGCUAUGAUAAAGAAUGCAAUGAAAAUGAAGUCCCAGAUUAUGCGAAAAAAGACGAUGAUGAAGAAAAAGCAAAUGGAUUGACAGAUAGCAGAACGGUAUUUGUGGAAGGACCACUUUCGACGGAAGAUGAAGAAACGAAGAUGUUUGAAAAUGGGCAGGGCUAUGAUAAAGAAGGCAAUGAAAAGAAAGUCCCAGAUGAUUCGAAAAAAGACGAUGAUGAAAAAAAAUCAAAUGGAUUGACAGAUAGCAGAACGGUAUUUGUGGAAGGACCACUUUCGACGGAAGAUGAAGAAACGAAGAUGUUUGAAAAUGGGCAGGGCUAUGAUAAAGAAAGCAAUGAAAAGAAAGUCCCAGAUUAUGCGAAAAAAGACGAUGAUGAAGAAAAAUCAAAUGGAUUGACAGAUAGCAGAACGGUAUUUGUGGAAGGACCACUUUCGACGGAAGAUGAAGAAACGAAGAUGUUUGAAAAUGGGCAGGGCUAUGAUAAAGAAGGCAAUGAAAAGAAAGUCCCAGAUGAUUCGAAAAAAGACGAUGAUGAAAAAAAAUCAAAUGGAUUGACAGAUAGCAGAACGGUAUUUGUGGAAGGACCACUUUCGACGGAAGAUGAAGAAACGAAGAUGUUUGAAAAUGGGCAGGGCUAUGAUAAAGAAAGCAAUGAAAAGAAAGUCCCAGAUUAUGCGAAAAAAGACGAUGAUGAAGAAAAAUCAAAUGGUUUGACAGAUAGCAGAACGGUAUUUGUGGAAGGACCACUUUCGACGGAAGAUGAAGAAACGAAGAUGUUUGAAAAUGGGCAGGGCUAUGAUAAAGAAGGCAAUGAAAAGGAAGUCCCAGAUGAUGCGAAAAAAGACGAUGAUGAAGAAAAAUCAAAUGGUUUGACAGAUAGCAGAACGGUAUUUGUGGAAGGACCACUUUCGACGGAAGAUGAAGAAACGAAGAUGUUUGAAAAUGGGCAGGGCUAUGAUAAAGAAAGCAAUGAAAAGGAAGUCCCAGCUGAUGCGAAAAAAGACGAUGAUGAAGAAAAAUCAAAUGGUUUGACAGAUAGCAGAACUGUAUUUGUGGAAGGACCACUUUCGACGGAAGAUGAAGAAACGAAGAUGUUUGAAAAAGGGCAGGGCUAUGAUAAAGAAGGCAAUGAAAAGGAAGUCCCAGAUGAUGCGAAAAAAGACGAUGAUGAAGAAAAAUCAAAUGGUUUGACAGAUAGCAGAACUGUAUUUGUGGAAGGACCAUUUUCGACGGAAGAUGAAGAAACGAAGAUGUUUGAAAAAGGGCAGGGCUAUGAUAAAGAAGGCAAUGAAAAGGAAGUCCCAGAUGAUUCGAAAAAAGACGAUGAUGAAGAAAAAUCAAAUGGAUUGACAGAUAGCAGAACGGUAUUUGUGGAAGGACCACUUUCGACGGAAGAUGAAGAAACGAAGAUGUUUGAAAAUGGGCAGGGCUAUGAUAAAGAAAGCAAUGAAAAGGAAGUCCCAGAUGAUGCGAAAAAAGACGAUGAUGAAGAAAAAUCAAAUGGUUUGACAGAUAGCAGAACGGUAUUUGUGGAAGGACCACUUUCGACGGAAGAUGAAGAAACGAAGAUGUUUGAAAAUGGGCAGGGCUAUGAUAAAGAAGGCAAUGAAAAGAAAGUCCCAGAUUAUGUGAAAAAAGACGAUGAUGAAGAAAAAUCAAAUGGAUUGACAGAUAGCAGAACGGUAUUUGUGGAAGGACCACUUUCGACGGAAGAUGAAGAAACGGAGACGUUUGAAAAUGGGCAGGGCUAUGAUAAAGAAGGCAAUGAAAAGGAAGUCCCAGAUUAUGCGAAAAAAGACGAUAUUAAUGAGUCAGAAUAUAGUUGUGUAUCUCCUAGUGAAUCGUCAUUAAUCGAUGUCGAAACACCACGAAGUUCCAUCCCAGAGCAAGUCGUUGAGGCCAGUACACACAGGAAGAGGUCAGACCAAAGCAUUGAGUCAGGCCUCGAUUCACUGCUGCUGUUAGAUGAUGUCAUUGAGCACCAGAAUGUUUUGUCAGCCUCGCUCAGUUCGCUUGAAACUGGAUUUGAAGAAGAAGAAGAGAUUUACGGAUUGAUCAGAGAGGCUUCUGCUGAGUUGAUUCAAGUUGAUCAGUUGCUCGUAUCAGCAAGGAGUGAUGAUUAUGAAUCAAUUGAAUCACUGCAGAAAGCGCUAAUCACGCUUCACGAUGCAGAACGAGGCCUUCUAAGGAUCCAGAAAAUUCUGACAUCCAUUGACAGGCACUCGCAUUCCGCAAACGUCGCUUGUGGCAGCCGUCCCUUGAGCAACAUACAACAACAUCUCAGUUCAUCGUUGGUGGAAAUCGCCAAUCGCAAAGCAACGGUUUCUAAGGCAGUUCUGGACGUCAUUCGUGUGCAAGAUCAAAUCCGUGAAACUGAGAAGGAAUUGAGUAACGUUGAGAGAAGAUUACUAAUAGACAGAAGUACCGACGAAAUAAAUAUGAUGAUAGCUGGCAUCAAAAGCUCCACUAAUAAACUUCACCAAUUAGCUAAUGGAAAAGUAAUCACGUGGGCACAGAGAUCAAGUAUAGAUGUCCUGAUUUUGCAGCAUGGUGCGCUUGAAAAUAGACUUAAAGAGAGGUUAAAACAAGAUUGCCGUGCAUUGCCGUCUUCGAAAACUACAGGCGUCUUUUUCUCGUCUGAGGAGGUAACCCUUUUUGAAAUUCUUUGCCGUCCUAGACGAUGUCUAGCAUAUAUUUUUGAAAAAAUGCAGUCACCACGCCUAUGUAGAGAGCAUGCAUGUGAUGUAGCUUGACUUUGAUAACGUAAAGAUGCAUCAUCUGUUCCUAUACGUUUCUGAUUUUGUAGAGGAACCUUUUUAGUCAGUAAACAGCCAAUCAAAUUUGUAUUUGUAAUUUGGACCAAUCACAGAUACCUCUGGGUGGUAAGUAUUAGGUACAAAAAGUUAUCCAAGCGUGAACUAACACCUGCGACUCUGGAUUUUUUUUGCGCCCCAAGUUUCCAUUUGUCAUUGGGAAAUGUCUUGCAACCCCCAGUAUGCUUUUUCUCUUUUUCUUUUAGGGUUACUUCAAAUCUCUCGUUAAUUGAAUUUCUUGUUAACUUUUUGUGUUUCCGUGUAUGCAAGUUCAAAAAAAGGACAUUAAUUUAUCUAGGAACUUUAAAAGGUAUUCACCCACGACACUUAUAUGAGCAAGGAAUUUACCAAGGGAAGAUGAUUCAAAAUCUGGUAGACUGUUAGGUUUUGUCGCUUUCUGUGUAUAAAAACGUUGGGCGCACUAAGAGCCUAAUAAUUUUUAAGAAACCAACAGUUAAUAUGUUCUCUCUCCCCCAUCCCUCUCCCUCUUUAUUUGUAUUUCAACUAGAAUCAUUCAAAAAGAGCUUUUUUGCCCCUUUAUGGCCUAUUAAAGCGUUAUACGAGGGCCAGGCAAAGCCUCACAGGCUCUUUCCGUCAUUUCAAGUUGUUUUAUCUCCGAGAGUCAUUAUGAACCAAUCGUAACAUUCAGAGAUACUGAUGAUAAAUUCAACAUUGUGCGAAAAAUGUUUACGAAUGGUUUGCAAAGAUGAAACUUCCAAUUUUGAUAAACUACACCUUCAGUGUUAAGGUGCAAAAACCAAGGUUUUCUGGAAAAUGUCUUUUAAGAGAAAAUAAAGAUUACAAAAAAUUAAAAAAAUAAUGUUAUGGAGCCUGUUAAAUCUUUAGGAGAAAAACUAAAAUUUAUAGUUUAAAGCAAACGGUGAAAGACGAACAAUCUUUUCUUGAAUGCAGAGAGUGAAUCAUUCCUACGAAUGUUUCAUUAUUUUGAAGGUAUUCUGUGUGAACAUCUUAUACCUUAUUCAUGAAGUUUUUUGUUUUAGUUAUUAUUCAAUCACACAUUUGGCAAAAAUUACCCGCUAUGGCUUCUCUAUAUUAUUUUUUUCGAAAUCGUUAUGUCCUGUACAUAACUUUAAAGAUGAAUAUAAGUGACGACAUGUUUCAGCCUAUGUUUGACGAAGUUGCAAAUAUAAAACCAAAUGAAAUUCACCUAAAUCUUAGAAAGGAGACCAUCUGUCAGGCAGGUGAUGUCGCUAGAUAACUGAUAAAAUUUCCUAUCGAUUUUCAGCUCAGGGCAAACAA